AUGAAGAUUCGUAUCGAAUCUUACAAGCCCAGAAUCGGACCAAGACAGUGUCGGCGCUGCCAAAGGUUCGACCACACAGCGAACUAUUGUACUCUUCCCACCAGGUGCUUGAUUUGUGCGGGCCUACACGAGGCGAAAGAUUGCACUAAGCCGCGAUCAGACAGUUCAGUGUGCGCCAACUGCAAUGGAGCGCACCCUGCAAACUACAAAGGCUGCGAAGUCUAUCAAAGCAAGCUGAAACCCUUCCUACCAACUGCACGAACCGAACAACACACACGCCCACCAAAGCGGGCUGGCCAGCACCAAAAUGCAGUGCAGCGCCAAGAAGCACCUGAAACCACAGGAACCCAAGAGGCCAGGCAAAUCACCACCCAAACACCACAACCAGAAAGCAGUAGGACUCAGCAGCAACUCGAUAAAGAAACAACCCGCACAUAUGCAAGCGCAGUCUCACCGAAGCAAAUGACACCAGUACACACCCAGGUGAAAGGCAGGGAUGAUACCAGGAUACCAAUCCAAGGGCCCUUGAAACCACCGCCUACCCCCAAGCCUAGGGAACAAAUACCAGUUCCGAAGCCAAGGGAGCCAGGGCACAGCCCAAUUUCCACCGAAGCCGAGCGAAUGCCAACAACAACUGUGCCAACACAAUUAGAAGCUACACACAUCCAGGAAAGCUACCCAGCGGAAACCACAACAGUACCCAAUCAGCCAACUGCUCCAGAAACUAAACAACCAACCACUCCAGAAACCGAACAACCAGCACCACCACAAAACACAGAAACAGGCCCAACUCCCUUUCAAACUGAACCGGGAGCAGACAUAGGUGAGAUACUGAACACCCUCAAACUCUUUGACAAGCAGCGACUGCUGAACACAGUCAAACUCACCGCCCAAAAACUCCGAAAAACAAAUGACAAAGCCACCAAAGCGCUAAUACUGAUGGAGGCAGUAUUCACCAUUAUGGAGUAG